AUGUUAUCGACAUCAAUUGAUCUUCAUAAUAAUAAUAAUAAUAAUAAUAAUAAUAAUAUAAGAUCAUUAAGAAUUGUUUCAACAAAUCGACUAUUUACUAAAGUUAGAACUGAACAAUCAACUGAAACAAUAUUACCAUCAAUAAUUGAUUCAACAAAUUUAUUAUCUGAUCAUCAUCUUGAUUUAUUUUCAAAAGAUGAAACAAUUCUUAAUGAAACAACAAUGAUACCAACAUCACCAUCAACAUCAUUUGUUGAUUUUCAUCAUAAUUUAUCAACAUCACCACCAUCAACACCAACAUCAUUUUCACCAUUACAACAUGAUCAUAGUUAUGGUUUAUCAACAAAUUCAUCACCAUUACUUCCAUCACCAGAUUUAACAAUAAAUUCAUCUACACGUUUACAAUGGCCACAAAUUAAUUGUCGAACAUUAAGACCAGAUGAUUAUCAUAUGUUACUUGAAUUAUUAUCAUCAAAUACAAAUAAUGAUACAUCACCAAUUUGUUUUGGUUCAACACUUAUUGAUCCAUUAACACCAACACCAUAUUCUGAUGCAACACGUACACAACCAAAAAAACGUGCACGUCCUGGUCAUGUUAAACGUCCAAUGAAUGCAUUUAUGGUUUUUUCACAAAUUGAACGUCGAAAAAUUGUUCAACUUGCACCACAUUUACCUAAUGCUGAUAUAAGCAAAUGUUGUGGAGCUAAAUGGAAACGAAUGUCAUUACGUGAACGACAACCAUAUAUGGAAGAAUCAGAACGAUUAAAACAACUUCAUGCACGACAAUAUCCAACUUAUAAAUAUCAACCACGAAAAAGAACUAAAACAAAUCAAUCAUUAAAUGUAUCUGCUCGACCAUCAGCAGCCACUGCUUCAACAUCAUCUUCACCACCUUCAUCAACAAUUUUAACUACAAUUCCUUUACAAUCUUCUAUUAUUACAAAAGAUCAACCAGAAACACCUCCACCAUAUCUGUCACAACCAUCAUCAUCAGGAUCAAAUUCCAAUGAUCCAAUAUCACGUUUAGUUGCAACAUUAUUUGAUCAAAAAUUAGCUAUGUUCGCUAGUAAUUUUCAACAAUUUAAUAUUGAUCAUCUACAAUAUCAUUUUACACCAUCAAAUACUCAAAUUUAUCCAACAUCAACAUCUUUUGAUCCUGUAAUUUAUCUUGCUAAACAACAAGAACAUUGA